AUGGAGGAGCAAACGAAACUGUUGAUUUUUGAAACAAACGACGAAACUAACGAAGAUUCCAAUGACCUGUCGGAAGACGAAGAUGUGAGCAUAAUUGUUGGAUUUGAUGAAGAUGACGCUCGGGCACGGAUGAAAUCCUUUUCUCACGUUACGAAAAUAACCAUCAGCACUGACUUACAGAAGCUUAUGGGAAUCUUGCCGGGAGAAAAUCUCACCGACGAGCAUCCAUGGCGGGCGAUCAAGAAGGAUAUUCUUGAGAAGCACCUGUCGCCGAUCGCCGAGCUAGGCUCGAAACUGUUGGAAGGCCUCCUGGAGCUUGAACCCGGUUCCUCUGUUAUAAUUGAAUUUUCACCCGAGCUCUCGAUCGACCAGGACGUGUUUCUCGUGUACACGGAUAUAGCGGAGAUCAACGAGGCUAGUGAGAUCAUCCGACGACUGGAACUGUUGGAACGGCUGAAGCUUAAGCGUGUCGUUGAGAAGUCAGCCAAAACUAGGUGGGCCGGUGAGUGUUCCGGACAUGAAUUCGAGCUGUCGGCCUUUGCCUCAGAGGAGGAGCUUGCUCAUGACGCCGAGGUUCAGAGUGUAUUUCCCAUUCGUCGGGCUGAAGCUAGGCUAGGCAUGCGUCUGGUGGCCGAUGCUCGCGAUGGCUAUGUACAGCUAUUGCCUCGCAAGUGGAAAAACAUUAAUUUUCCGCGAAAAUUAACCGAUCGUGGUAUCCAAGCACGUCCGCAAAGCUGCAGCAUAUCGCUGCAGACCGAUCCAACGUUUCCGGUCAAUGCUUCGACGCAAUACGCGCUGGACUUGUCGCACAUCCAAGUGGAUCCGGGUUUGAUCUCCCAAACUAAGCUCCAUCAGGUGACGGACGCCGUCAUGCAAGAGUCUUGCUUCAAUCUGAUUGGCCUCUACCAGAAUGAGUACGACCGCACUUUUCCCGAAGCUAUCCAGCCCUACCAUUCUCCAGAGAUUGUCGAGAAGCUGUCAUUCAUGAGCCGGUCAGUGACCACGGGAAGAUACGUUCGCUCCAUAGAUUGGCAUCCAGUGCUUUCUGGGAUUUUUGUUGCUUCUUACACCUUUGAAACGGCGACCGAAGACCAAGCGCCCAAAGACCGUGCAACUGCCAGUGAAGGAGACCGGACAACUACGAGUGAUCCCGUCAAUCGGGCGGUGUUCGAAAAGUGUCCCGUCCUAAUGUGGAGCUUCACGGAUGCGCUCGUACCUCUGCUUGAGCUGAAGUCGAUUCGCGAGGUCACAACCGUGUCGUUUUGUCCCUACGAUGGCGACCUCCUGGUCGGUGGAUUGACAAACGGUCAGAUCGCUCUCUGGGACUUGAAGGGUGAAAUUGCUCGUGUUGAGGCUGCCCGCACCUCAAGUAGUGAGCAUCGUGAAGGUAUUCUGCAGUUACUGGAACAACCUGCGGAACACGAGAUCGAUCGGUCGGUCACUCCUGCGGCCGUAAGCUCCCUGGAGCACUCACCUCGCGGUGCCAUCAGCGCUAUCAAGUGGUUGCCUAGAAACUAUUUCUGCACCGCAACCGCUCAUCUGAAGGUGACCCAGGAGAAGCAGCACCGCUUCUUGAUGACCUCGUCGCUGGAUGGGAGUGUUUGUUUCUGGGACUUAAACUUUUCCUCUCCAGCCCUUCAGAAGAUGAUAGCCGCAGCCACCGCCAAGAGCAGCCAGAUGGUGGACCAAACGAUCUACCAGCGGGUGGACAAUCUGUUCUUCCCCGUGUUUAAAAUUAUCUGCCAGACGUCGAUCGUAUGCAUGGUUGCGGAUGAGGCGAUCUAUCACUCGACGCCACUGGAAACCACCGCAGACCUGAUCAAACGCGUUACGCACGCUCUGGAGAUGAUUCCCGUAGAGUGCACCAAGCGUGUUAUCUUGGGAACGCACACCGGUCAGAUCGUGGAGGGCCUUUGGGAGGGUUAUGAGUUCGAUCAGGGCGUACUGGUGAAUGACGAAACACUUCAGGUAACGCACAACUAUAGUGCCGUUCAUGAUGGGCCCAUUGUUGCGCUGGAGAGAAACCCAACGGUACACCACAUGCUGCUCUCCAUCGGCGGACAUGUGCUGUCCUUGUGGAGCAUCGAGUAUCCUUGUGCUCCGAUAUUUUGGCGCCAGAAACCCUCCAAGGUGACGGCCUGUCAGUGGAGUUUGGUUCGUGUUUCGGUGUUUUUCGUUGGAUAUGCCGAUGGCAACUUUGAGGUUUGGGAUCUGAAUAUGAGAACGUUUCGAGCUUGUAUUUGUGUAAACCUCGGAUCGGAAUCACUGACGGUCAUAUCGCAGCAUCGCCUGGCUAGUGCUCGUCGCUGUUUGGCAGUGGCUGAUCAGAAUGCGAACAUCAGAAUCUUUACACUUUCGGAAGGACUCGUGAAGGCAGCACCAAAUGAGGAGCAAACCAUUCGAGAUGUGAUACAGCACGAGAUCUCACGAAGGUCUGCCCAGUCGGAGUGGGUCAAAGCCUACAACGAUAGAAAUCCUAUCAAGGCCCCGACGCAGCACGAAAGCACCGCCAACGAAAACGCUUCCCUGCCAGAAGCGAUGGCUACACAGAAGAGUGACAAUCACAAGCGAGAAGUUAAGGUUGGCCAGGACAAGCGCAUGACGCUGGGCGAUCGUUUGGAGCAGCAGUACAGAGCCAAACACUUCCAAGAUCUUCUGGGGAAACUGAUGGAGCGCCGAAAUGUCAGUCCGAAACAAAUGGCCCAGCAGAUGCGUCCGCUGGUAAAGCGGCAGCAGUAUAACGCGGAGAAGCGCUCAGCGAUCGCGACCACGUUAGCACGGGCUGAAGGAGACUACGUGAAUCAGAAGAAAAUAUUGUACCCGUCGAAGAAAGCAGUCACCCAAGGGAAGGACGAAUCGCGCGAUAGGAUUAAACAGUUGAUGCCCAACAUUGCCGACUAUGGCACGGUUGAGGGUGAAGCCAGAGAAACGCUGCGGUCCCAUUACCUGCCUCAGUUGGAAAGCUUUCUCGAUGUGUUGGUGAAGGGAAAAGAUCAACGGACGAAAGUGUGUGUCGAUGUAGGCGCCAACAUGCGUCAUGUUGUUCGGUACGAAAACAAGCGAAGGCUGCGAAGACUUGGAGUAGCUCCGGCGACGCGCUUGGAAGAUUUAGUACCGAAGGCGGAAGAUGAAGUCCAGACAGAGGUAGAGGAUAUGGAAGAAGUGAAAGAUUUGGAAUAG